UACAGCUGGGGACGAGGGAGCCGUCGGAUCUACGCUCAGUACCUGCACCGCACUCCCCUUGUCUGGUGGGGGCUGAGCUGCUCUUUCGCCAAAGAUGCCCCGUUAUGAGUUGGCUUUGAUCCUGAAAGCCAUGCAGAGGGGUUGGUACAGUAGGCCUCACUAGACUUAGCUGCAACUAAGAAUUUCUCCUACAUCAACAAAGUUAAUGAUGGUGCUCUUGUGGAUUGGAGAAUAAAAGUGCACACUAAGUAUUUAAGAAGCGGAAAAAAACACAUUUUAUCUUCUCAUAUUUAUACUGCAUCCACUGCUAUCAAGACAGCAAACCAAAGGACAGAUUUUGACCCACAGUGCUUGUAAAACUAAACUGAUUUAUCUUACUAAGGCUCGGGGUUUGUGACCUGGACAUCAGCUUUUGGAAGUUACUUGUUUUACAAAAAUGAGGGCGGCUUUGCAACCAGCAGACAUUGCCAUUGUGGCGCUCUAUUUUGUGCUUGUUUUGUGCAUAGGCUUUUUUGCCAUGUGGAAAUACAAUCGAAGCACUGUAAGUGGGUACUUCCUUGCAGGGCGAUCUAUGACAUGGGUUGCAAUUGGUGCUUCUUUGUUUGUAAGCAACAUCGGAAGUGAACACUUCAUUGGGCUUGCAGGAUCUGGAGCAGCAAGCGGAUUUGCCGUGGGGGCAUGGGAAUUCAAUGCCUUAAUGCUUUUGCAACUCCUGGGAUGGAUCUUUGUUCCGGUCUACAUACAAUCUGGAAUAUACACCAUGCCUGGGUACUUAUCCAAACGCUUUGGAGGGCACAGGAUUCAAGUAUAUUUUGCUGUUUUGUCUCUAAUUCUCUAUAUCUUCACCAAACUCUCAGUAGAUUUGUAUUCAGGAGCCUUGUUCAUUCAAGAGUCAUUGGGCUGGAAUAUUUAUCUAUCAGUUACACUUUUGAUUGGAAUGACUGCAUUGUUGACAGUGACUGGAGGUCUUGUAGCAGUUAUCUACACAGACACAGUUCAAGCUUUGCUUAUGAUUAUUGGUGCCUUCACACUUAUGAUCAUAAGUAUUACAGAAGUGGGUGGGUUUGAAGAGGUUAAACGAAGAUAUAUGUUGGCAAAACCAAAUAUUACAUCGAUUUUAUUGAUACAUAAUCUUUCCAAUACUAAUCACUGCAAUGUUGACCCAAAACCUGAUGCACUGAAAAUGUUACGUGAACCAACUGAUGAAGAUAUUCCUUGGCCUGGUUUCAUUUUGGGACAGACUCCAGCUUCUGUAUGGUACUGGUGUGCAGACCAAGUAAUUGUCCAGAGAGUGUUAGCAGCAAAAAAUAUUGCUCAUGCCAAAGGAUCCACUCUGAUGGCAGGUUUUUUAAAACUCUUACCUAUGUUCCUUAUAGUUGUUCCGGGAAUGAUAUCACGGAUUUUGUUUGCAGAUGAUAUUGCAUGCAUCAAUCCAGAACAUUGUAUGAAAGUUUGUGGAAGCAGAGCUGGAUGCUCUAACAUUGCCUAUCCGCGUUUGGUAAUGAAUCUUGUUCCUGUUGGUCUGCGGGGCCUUAUGAUGGCUGUAAUGAUUGCUGCACUAAUGAGUGAUUUGGAUUCUAUAUUUAACAGUGCCAGUACCAUCUUUACACUUGAUAUAUAUAAGGUCCUCAUAAGGAAGAGUGCAUCAUCCAGAGAACUGAUGAUUGUUGGAAGAGUUUUUGUUGCUUUCAUGGUUGCAAUAAGCAUUGCUUGGGUCCCAAUAAUAGUGGAAAUGCAAGGAGGUCAAAUGUAUCUAUAUAUACAAGAGGUAGCGGACUAUUUGACUCCUCCAGUGGCUGCUAUAUUCCUUUUAGGUGUAUUCUGGAGGCGUUUUAAUGAACAAGGGGCUUUCUUUGGUGGGAUGGUUGGAUUUGCUUUAGGAGCUGUACGACUGAUUCUGGCAUUUAUCUAUCGUGUCCCUGAAUGUAACCAGCCAGACACCAGACCAUACUUCAUCAAGAAUAUCCAUUACAUGUAUGUUGCUACUGGGCUGUUUUGGAUCACUGGAAUUGUGGCUAUAAUAGUCAGCUUUUUGACUCCACCACCUUCAACAGAACAAGUUCGUACAACUACAUUUUGGUCUAUAAAAAACAGAACUGUGAAAGAAAACACAUUAUCAGGCAGCCCAUAUCAAGCACAAGAGAAGAAUGUGUUAAAGUACGGUGUAACGGUAUCUUCAAAUGGGAAAUCUGAAGAAAAUGUUAAAAAUGACCAGCCUGAAAAUGUCAAUCUUCUAAUUACUUCCAGAGAUGACAGCAAUCCAGUGAUUUCUUUUAACUGUGAAGCUGAGACACCAGUUGAUCGUUACUCUAAUGGUCAGGCAGCUCUUAUGGGUAACAAGAAGAGUGAAGAGCAGACUGGGAGUAGUGACAAAGACUGGAAAUUUAUAGAUUGGUUUUGUGGCUUUAAAAGCAAAAAUGUGAACAAUAGAGCCAUCCAAGAUAAGACAGAAGAAGAGGCUAUUUGUCUACAAAUGCUGGAAGAGACUCCAAAAGUUAAAUUAUUACUUAAUGUUGGAUUAUUUUGCGUGUGUUUUCUUGGAAUAUUCAUGUUUGUUUAUUUUUCUUUGUGAACAGUUUUUUAAGAGUGUGGCCUGACAUUCACAAGACAGACAACAGGUCCUUGGAAAAAUAUAUAAUUAUGUGUGUUAUAUGUCUCAUAUGUCAUGCUUCCUUUGCAUUAUUGUUCUCAACCAGCUUGAAAAUCAUUACAAAUCCUAUAGAGUAGAGUUUUUAUUUCAGUGCAGAAUGGGAAUUUUAUUCAGUACCAAAAGUUGAAUUCAAUAUAUCAAAGUAGGAAAUUAGUGUAUUAAAUAAAAUAAUCACAAUCAUUUGCAAAUAAUCAAGGUGACAUAGUGUUAAUGUUGGUACUAACACUUCAAAUAUUGAUAAAUUACACAUAUACAGUUAUGAGUCAUCUUAAUAACAAUUUCAGAUUAUUUUCAUUUUACCCAGUACUUAAAACAUUGUUUUUGACUAUAUUCCCAACAAAUAUGUAGGAUUCAGACUGAAUUACCCAACUCUUGAUAAUUCGUGUCAUCUAAAAUUAUUAUGCGCCGCUGAGUACAAUAGUUUCCUUUCUCCAUUCACUAGAUGAAGUAAAUAUUUAUCAAUACUAGUAGUAAGUUUGAAAAAAAUAUUUCAAAUUAAGUAGAAAGAAUGGUCCAGUUCAGAUCUCCCUAGCUGAUACUCUGCAUAUUGAUUUAAGCCUCCAUUGCAAAUUAUGCUAUUUGGUGUUAUAGUUCAGAUUAUUUGGACAUAAAAAGGCAGUCUAAAUGGUAAGACAAAAAAACCCCUGAGGUAUUUUCAUCUAAAAAUACUUCUUGGGGAUGUUUGAACGUUUUCUUAAACUUGUAUUUAUACAUUAAAAUUGUAAGGUUACAGUGAUUCCUCCAAUCUCUUGCAGAGUGAAAAGAAAAAACAACCCCAAAAUCUCUAGCAUCCUUUUUGUGAAGCCACCCUUUGCGAAAUCUUUUUCACAGUGUGAAAAAAGCCACUGUAAAAUAAGCAGUUUUGCACAAAAGUAGGCUUUUUAAAAACUCCCCCUUUUCCAGGUUUGGACUUCAGUGUGCACCCCCCACUUUUCCAGCAACUUAAGAUGGGGGCUUAUGUUCUUCCUCUUCUCAGCCACCAUCAGCGUUCCCUGCAGUGUUCCAACCCCCUCGCAAUGCAUGAGUCCAACAAGCCCUGUUUUUUUUUUUUUUAUGUGCGUAGACUGAGAUAGUGGAGACAUCAUGUUUCAAUUUGGGCUCAGAUAACGGAAAGCCAGCUGUUCCAUGCAUGGAAGAAUCUCCUGUUCUGGGGCUGUAGUUGUAGCAAAGACAGAAGAAUGAAUCUUACUUGCUCCCUAUCCCGUGCCAAUGUUUAAUACCCAGUUUGAAAUGGCUGCGUGAGGAGUAAUAGAUGCACACUCCAUUACAGCACUGGCGUUCAUAGCAUCUAUAGGAUGACUUGAGAUGGCAGGGCCAAUGGAAGCAGGAACUGGCAGAUACAAAUGAACUUGCGACUUUUGGCAAGAAUCUUUAUCAUUCCAUAGUAUCAUUCAUAACUGGCUAGAGGGAAUUUGUCCUUUGUUUAGAAUUUGAGCUCAGCUCUGCAGUUUUGCAACAAAAUGCAUUCUUAUAUUUCAAAGUGGUAAAAUUGUGGCCCAUCAGAUGCUUUGUACUUCUCUUUCUCCCUGGCCUUUGGUCAUGCUAUCUGUAGCUGAUGGAAAUUCAGAUGUUCCCACAUUGGAGGACCAUAGGUUCUGACUUUAAUCAGGAUGCAGAACUAAAGUAUCUAAUGCAAAAAUACAUUUAUUUUCUUUUUUUUAUAUGUCCGUAUCUUAGAACAGAUUAAGAUUGCAAUAACUAUUAUAACAGUAUAUGAUAACAUAACCAAAAAUUGACUUGAGUCAUUGGCAAUAGCAUAUUGAGUCAUUUUGCUUUAGAAUUUUUCCCACGAGAUCGAUGAAAAAAAUGUCAUUUAUUACUGAAUAAUGACAUUGUGACAUUAAGUGACAUUUAUUACUGAAUGAUGGAAUUAAUAUGAAAAAUCUAGAAACAUUAAAUUGUGGUUUCAAUCUUGAUUAUGUGAUAUAAUUUUAAAAGUGGUAUAUUUUGUAAAUACUGUAGCAAGAUUAUGUUUUUGUUGGCUUCUACAUGAACUGAGCUUUGUGUACAGGACCAAAAAGCCUUUUCAAGGCAUGUGUAAUAAAUACUUCAUUGAUGCUAAAAAAAUGCUUUAGAACUUGGUAGUGCGAUAUUUUGGUGCCUCACUAACUCAAAUGCACAUUUUCCUGGGUGACAGCUGCUUUAAAAGCACAGAAGAAGGUACAGCUUCUUGAAAAAGAGGUAUUGACCCGUGUGGCAUGUGUGCUCAUGCUCUUUCCAAAGUUCCUUUUUCGCUUCAGAUCUGAAGUAGUGAACAAAUUUGUCUUCCGUGACUAGAGACACCAGAUGAUGCUAGUGAGGAAAUGUGGAUUACUGCUAAGUAAGGUAGCAUCACUCUUCUCAGUACAUUCAGUAUAUUGAGUGAGUUGCUAGUAUUGACAUGCAGAUUGGCUAGCUCAGGAAUAUAUUUCAUUCCCUCUUCCUCCCUCCCAAGGUAUUCCUCCCAAAAUACCUUGAAUAGCCUUACAGACACAUUAAAAUAGCAGUGUCCAGUACUCCCACUGUUUAAGUAACUUAUGUGCAGUAUUAUAAAUACACAUGGCAGAGUUAAUUCUGAAGAUAUUUGAAAUUGGCUCAUCACGUAAAAUGUUGGACAAUUAACCAAUAAGGGAAAUUUAGCCACAUUUUUUAAAUGUAUCGAUUAAUUCUGUUUGAGCAUUUCAGAAAUGUUCGUUUUUCUACUUUAUAUACUUUAGACUAUUACGUUGCAAUGCUGUUCGUAAGCUUAGUUUUUUUUGUUAAGAGCUUUUGUUCUUUGACAAAGUGGAGAUCCUGAAUAUUGCUUCUCUGCCUUUUGACUAAGAUCAAGUAUAGUACAGGCAGUCUUGACCAAUGAUCGUAAUUCAGCACAGUAUUACAGUCAUAAGUCGUGCUGAUCAUUAACCAGAUCAUCCUAUGACUGACCUGAUUUUACAACAUUUUCUGCAGCAGUCAUUAGGCGAAAUACAAUGGUCAUUAAGUAAAUCUGCCACUGUUAAGCAAAUGCUGUGGUUAUUAAAUGAACCCAUUGUCUACAAUAGGCAUUUUGCUGGAAACGAGAAGUAAACUUUUGGUUUCACAAUUGCGGUUGUGACCAUGGGGUGCUUCAAACAACCAUAAAUGCAUGGUUGUAAGUUGAGGACUAUCUGUAUCACAUCAACAUGUCAGAAACAGGAAAUGAGUCUAGAAUAGAUCAUGCCAUCUCUGGGAACAAUAGUUUCCAAAUCACUUCGGAAUAACAGAGAGCAAACAAACUAUUGGAAUAUGUGAAUGGAAUAUGCUACCAUGCUUAUUUAUUGAAAUUUCUAAACUUGAGUUAGGGAACCAUUUUGCAGACAUUUUUAAAAAAUUGUUGUAUGGGACAGGUGGAGGCUGCAAUCAUCAAAUGGGUAAAGCCAAUUUUUCCAUUCUAAAAAAUAUUUUUGGGGGGUUACAGUGCAAUACCUUUCCCCCUCCCUUCCACCCUUAAAAUCAGUUCUACUACUUAGCUUCUGCAAUGAUAGCAGAACAGGAUUUUGUUGUUGUUUAGCUUCAGUUAGAUUGUUGUGAGCAAUCAGGCCAUAGUUUAAUACUUUGUUAAUUAGGGUUGAUUGAAGUAGACUGCAGUCCUUCAUUUUUCUACUUAACGUAGAAAUAUGCUUUCCUCUGAAGCAUCCUCUUUUUGUUUGUGAGGGUUUGCUUGUGGGGGUUUGCUAUUGAGUGUGAUAAUUUGGAACACUUAUCGGUUAUCAUGGUCUAAGAUGGGUUGUCUAUACUGGGCUGCGUAAUGUUCUGGAAUAUGACAACCUUGUUUUUGUUAUUUGUAGUAGAGGAAGAUCUAAGUGUUACUUCUAGUUUGAUUCUUGUAUAAGUAUAAGAAUCAUAUUUUAACUGAACUUUCUAUAUUCCUUUAUUCUUACUACUGAACAUUUCUUUUAUAUAAUUCUGCUGUUUCCUUCAAAUUAAGAAAGUAAAUGUGUAAUAGCUUGUUAUAGUGCCUUUUAGUAGCAAAAUAUAACCUUGUCAGGUUGCCACAUCUCAUCUGUGAUGAAAACAUUUAUUUUUUUGCUGACUUCACAUUUCUAUCUAUCCCAUAAAGGAGCACAUAUAUUUUUCUAAGUAGAACUGUAACUCUAGUCUUGAAGACUAAUUAAAUAGUAAAUCAUAGUUUACAUUCAUUGUUAAUGGCCAUUCAGUAUUUAUUUUUACAUUAAUAGAAGGCAUAUUAUAUACAACACUUAAUCUCUUAAAAAUUAUGUUUUAUAUAUCUCUAGAUCAUGUUGUGCUAUAUAGCCCUUUUGUAUGUAACUAUAUGUAAAAAAAAUUAAGGGCAAUUACUCCCAAAUAAAAUCACAUCAGUCAGCCUCUUACAGCUUCACUGUAACAAGUAAUAGCAGGCUCUGUUAUUUUUGCAAAAUUAAAGAAGGGUAGCAUUUUAAUAAAGAUGAAUAAUCCUAAACUUCUAAUAUCACUGCAAAGUCAGUUCUGAUAAAUGUCACUGAGUAGGAUUCUUGUACAUUCCAUGAGUAACAGUUGAUCUUCUGAUUAGCAGUGUAGACUCUGGCUAAUAAUGAUCCUUCUAUUUACAGUUUAGUGUACAAUUUCUAGUGGUACCUAAACAAAAAUUCAAAUUUCCCAUAGAUCAGCUUUACUUCUUAAUACCUAAGCAAUUGUCCAGUGUGUGUAAUAGUUUAGAUUUGCCUUCCUCAGUCACAGUUCUGCUUGUCUAAUGCUGGAAUUCCGGGAACUGUUGUCUAGGACAUCUGGAGAAUUCUAGUUUAGUCUAUAUGCAGGAAUAUACAAACAUUCCCCUAAUGGAUCCAGAGAGGUGCAUGGGUAUUUUUUUCCCUCUGAAUCUUUGUGAUGUAGUAUUGUCUUGUAUAUUAUCAUAGCAGUUGAUCAAGAAUACCUUUUUAGAAAUAUAAUGGGCUUUUAAUUUGUAUAUUUAAAUAGAAACUUUAUCUGUACGAGGGCUUUAUUUUUGUACUAUAUUCAGGGAAAUCACAGCUUCUAUUCUGGAAAAUAUUUUAUUCUCUAUUUUGCCAAAGUCAUCCUUCCAUCCCAUUUUGCUGCUUUGCUAUACAGGUAAUCCUCAAGUUAUGAAUGUAAUAGAGCCUGCCAAUUACAUUCAUAACCCGAGGAAUUCAUUAAUGGUAUCACGUAAAAUGAACGUGAUCCCUCCCUGAUUUACCCAAUGCAUUCGCUAAUCGAAUGCUCAGGUCAUUAAGUGCGCAUGAGGUUUCUCAGGGUGGGAAAGACCAUGGGUGGCUGCUUUCGACCACCCAAGGCCUCCUCCGACCCACUGAAAUAUCUCAUGCUCCCCCCCCCCAUCCUGCCUGACCGGGUCUCCAAAGGCACUGGGCCUGUGGAGACUCAUUUACCUUUUGAAGAUCUCAAUGAUCAAGCGAGUUGUCUCCUCCCCAGUCUCUCUGCCCCUGCUUGUUUCGGCAAGGAAAUGGCAAAUGGACAGAAGGCCUAAAGCACCGAAGCCUCCUGUCUGUUUGCAAAGCCUUUUGGUACGGAUCUCGUUCAGACCUCCAUUUGCAGAGAAUGAAGGCCUGAAGUAGCGCGAGAUUAUGCCCUACUGAUCUCGCUUUACUUCAGGCCUCCAUUCUCUGCAAAUGCACAGAAGCAGGCAAUGAAACCGCAGCAUAGAGGCUGGAGAGGAGACUGCUCGCUACAUCUUUGCAAGGUAAGUGAAUCUCCACAGGCUCAGUGCCUAUGGAGAUCUAGCGGGGGUGGGGAAUAGGCAAAGCAAAUGUUGCAGUGCCUCUGCUAUCGUUUGUAAGGUUGACUGACUGCCGUGGUGCUGCAAUAUUCGUAAGUUCGGGACUGUAUAAGCACUUGGGGGGUGAUGUCAUAACUUUGAACUGUUGUAACUCAAGGGUUACCUGUACAAAUAUAAAAGAAGAUAGCAAGCUGACUGUUUCACUUUUUUUCUACUGUUUUAGCCUGGUAUUAGAAAUAAUUUUUAGUGUAUAAUAUUUUCCUAAAUGGAAAAAAGGUUGUGGAUUGUAGGCUGUCAAGUUCUGAUAAGGAUACUUCAGAAAACAAUGACUUAGUGUAAUACCUUUAUUUUAAAUUCUUAACCUAAGGUAAUUGUAGGAGUUGUCUACGAGAUCCCUCCAAAAAAACUGUAUACUGAAUUCAUAAAUUUAGUUUAAGGAAAACUUUAAAUUAUGUAUUUGAAAUUAGGAUCUUAAUUGUUCGGUAUACUGUGUAUUCUGUGCCCUUAAUGCUUUGAAAAUAAAACUAGUGUUAUUACAUGUGAUGUUAUGAAUUAAAGGUGAGUAAAGUACUUAAAAACUUUUUCAAGAGAAAUUGUGUAUAAUUCAGUGUUUUAAAUGUAUUUUUGUUAGCUUUAGAAUAGUUUAAAUAUAAGUACAUAUAAGAGUUUUUAUUUCACUGAGGUCUUUUAACCUUGAUUACAAAAUAGCACAGGCAUAUAGGUAUACCCCCCCUCCCCCCACAUAACCAUUUCUGGGAAUGUUUUGUUCUUAAAAAAACUUCAUUUUUCUUCUGAUUUUGUGUAAAAUAGUGCUAUAAUGACUCUACUUUUCAGUAAGAUUCUUCAUGGGCAAAGUCAAGUACUGAGCAAUGAUGGCAGUGACAUAUGAUAAUAUAUGUGUCUAUGAACACAAUGCUUUUAAAUGAGGUGGAUAUAAAAAUAGUUGCUGUGCAAAAAAAAAACCCUAGUAGUCUUCUUCAAGAAGAAAGCAGAUUCUUUUAUUAAGUAAAUACCUUUUUCUUCAUCCUUUUAAGUUUUAAAUACAGUGUUUGUGUGAUACUAAUUUUUCUUUCCCUUUGGAUAUAUAGGUAUACUUUUUUAAAAACUAUGUUUGGUAUCUUUUGUUUUUGUUGUUUUUGUUUUGUUUUUGUAUUUUCUAGAAAUGUGUGUAAAUUAGUAAGAGCAAAAAAAUAAAAUGGUAAUGUGCAACAUGUCAAGUCUUAAACUUUAGGGGGAAAAUGGACAACUAAGCAUAAAAUGUAUAAACUUACUUUCAGAUGUCUUAAAUAAAAAUUCUUAAAUGUCCAUGAUCUGUCGAUAAAGGGCAUAUUAUUCAAUGAAAUAAAAUUAUUACAGUAGGAAUAUAGAUUUAGAAGUGUUAAGAAAAUGAAUAUUGAUGGAACAUUGCUACGAUCUUUACCACAGUUUGUCAUGGAAUGAAUGGCUUUUAAGCAUAGAAUAUUGUCAAUAUGAUAUUGAAGAAAACUGUUUUGGAGAACUCAGUUCUCAUUGCUAGUUGUGUGUUUAUUGCUUAUUGUAUACUGUAUCUGUAUUUUUUGCCUCCUGAAUUAGUCUUCAACAUGAAACUCUUAUUAGAGUAUUUGUAUAAUUAAAACUGUAUUUCUUGCAGUUUACAUUUUUUUGAAUAUAGAAUUUUGUCCUGUCCAAGUUGCUGUAUGGAAAAUGUACAAAGUUUAAAUAAAAAGUACAAAAAUAGAAGUAUUUCUGAAAUGAUCUUAAAAGUUUAUGAAAUAAACUUAAGUGAAUAUUCUUGA